GGUACGUCACUUCCGCUCAUUGCUCAUCAAACAUGGCGCUACUCCUAAGGACGUUGGCCCGUCAGGGUGUCUGUAUAUCCAGACCGACCUACAGUGUCCUCUACAAACAUGCUGCUCCAAUGGGAACCACAGCUAAGGAUGAGAUGAACAAGUUUUGGUCCAAAAAUGCCAAACUAAACAGACCCAUGUCUCCUCAUCUCACCAUCUACAAAUGGUCUGUGCCCAUGGUGAUGUCCAUCACAUUCAGAGGAACUGGAGUUGGACUCAGUGGAGCUAUCUCGGCCUUUGCUGUGGCAGCGCUGGUAUUACCGGGAAGUUACCCACACUACCUGGACUUGAUUCACUCUCUGUCUGUCGGCCCCUAUCUCAUCGGAUUGGCCAAGUUCGGCCUCGCCUUCCCUGUAUCUUACCACACCCUAAACGGAAUCCGCCACUUGUGGUGGGACCUCGGUAAAGGCUUCAGAAUCCCAGAAGUCUACCGCACCGGCUACACGGUCAUCGGUCUGUCCAUCCUCGCCUCCAUAGCCCUGACUUGCCUCUGAGCACAGCACCAACAGAGAUGAGCAGAAAGGAGAGGAGAGGAGGGGGUUGAAGGGGAAUGUGGACUGGUUGCACUGUGGGGGGUUCUGUCUAUAUGUUCUGUUCUGGCCGACUGCCGGCCCAGUUUCAUCAAAAGAUAAUAAAUAAAAGAUUCUAUUACGAUGUAC